AUGCAGGUCGAGCUGUCGUUAUCUACAGAUGGGUUUGUUCAUUUUGGAGACACUGUGUUGCUCAUGAACCCCGACACCAMCCCCUCGGAGAAGGAGCCCGAGAUGCGAGGUGAUGUGACUCUGGCAGUGGACAUGGAAGAAGUGUCCCUGUACUCUGAUCAACCCAUAAAGAUCUCCAGUGGACUCAGUGCAGUCAGGAGUGUGCAGCCUGUGGGUCGAAAUGCUUUCUGUAUUAUAAGCGUUGAUGGAAGUGCAGUGGGCGAACCMGUUAGAUACGGGCAAAGAUUUCUUCUUGGGACAAAAGGAGGGGUUUCAGAAAAAAUGUUUUAUCUGGCAAGUGACCAUAAAACAUUUCGAGAAUUUGCUAAAAAAUCUCGCCUCCARAAAGUAUUUUUGACAGGUGAGGUUUCCUAUUUGGCUUUGUGGCAUGCUAAGAUCUUGGAUCCACAACUGCGUCUGGAAUCUGAAGGAUUGCCAAUUCAUGCAAAAAGUAAAAUCAUUAUUACUCACUGCUACACCAAUCGCAACUUAGCCAUUCCAAGGACCUUCGGUGUCAGGUCUUUUUUUGGAAGAGAAUUUGAAGUUGUUUGUCACAAUUAUCUGGACUCCCACAGAGUUGAAGAAGAAAAGAACCACUGGAUAAUAAUGACAAAAAAUGUUGGUCCUGAAGAAAGUAGAAUGCUUGAAAAACCUGAAGCUCAUCCAGAAGGGUAUAAAAAAGAAUGAGAUUCAUGAAAAGACAGAAUACAAAAGCCUGAGACUACAGCCAGGAGAGGUUGCUGAGACUGUGAUUUUUGUUUCUUUUCUGUUUAGAUUUUAGAKAUGUUUAUUUUAAAAGGGGAAAUGRAAGUCUGUUAUUAGUAAUAUUGCAUAAUCUCAUUAACUCAGUAAGGUUAUAUUGGGAAMAAACUAUUAAAAUUUGAUGAAACACAUAAAAAAUUUGUAAAUCAGGAAAGGUUCAUUUACCCAUUUUCACCUUCACUGAUGGAAAAAGUUAUCAGAAUCCAGGAAACCUGAUAGAUUUUUAUUAAUUAGUGGCUUUCAGAGUAUAUUUAACCAAUAUUUCUGAAGCCAAACCAGUGUCACAAUUUUUUAAAGGGCGAGUGGGCAGUUUCCAAAACAUUGAAAACCAAACACAUGCAAAGUAUCAUGGGAUACUUUGACAUUUAAAGUUCAUCUGAAAGAAAGUUGGUACUGAGCUUGUUCCAUCCUCCAUCUAGCACAAUGUUGCCAAUUAUUAAAUCACAAGUGAGAUUUAUAUCUUGAUAUUAUCUUCAAAUUCAUGGAUAUAAAUUUAGUUUUUUUACUUUUGUCCAUGUAUUCUAAUCACUUAUUUCUCAAGUAAGCAAACUGAGCACACUGAUACAGACUAGAGACUUACAGCAGCCUUUUCCAUGCAUCACCAUGUUCCAUUUACCUCUCACCCACAGCAUUUUCCAAUCCAUAGUCAUUUCUAACAACUUGGAGAGUAAGGUAAAAUUGUCAAAAGAAAAUUAGGCACCCACAGGGAGUUUUUCUAACUUGGCCAUUGUGAACUUUUACUGGUAUUAGAUGCAGCUAUUUCAUCUCUAAACCUCUUUCCUCGGGAUUAAAUGUAGGAAACAAGAAGAGGUCUUAAACCAAAACCAUUUUUGCAACAAAGCUUUGUGUGAACUCAUGCAGGAAUGAGAACUGUGGGCAGAGUGCCUGGGCUGGCUGAUGUUGUUUGUGUGUGCAUUUGUGUGGAAGAAAAGCAAUGCAGGCUCUACAAAAACAAAUUUUGUAAAGACUCAGAGGAAAAACAAAGAGAUAAACAGAUACAGAAAUGAAUACAAAAGCAGGUAAUGCUGCAAUCAGGUGCUGAUUAAAAGUGGCUUGGAGACUUGYGUGUUUUGAUCACUCUGUGCUCACUGGAAAAGAUUUCUUGAGCUGAAAAUAAACAGAAUUGAAUUCCUGAUUCCAUUAGCAGUGUUAAACACACAGAUUUUUGCAAAGCUCUUAUAUCAUAUAAUACAUAUUUAUAAUUCAUCUAACUCACGAUAACAAAUGCACUUAUCUGUUCCCCAAUUUUUCUUUUAAAAGCCGUUUUUUGCACUUUUGAAUAUUGUCCAUACGAUGGCAGCACAUUUUUCUAAAUAGCACAAUUAUUGCUACAUCUGUAAAACAACCUGAGGUGUUUAAAUGCAAAUGACUCCCGGAUACAAUGCCCCAGAAGGAAACCAAGUUAAAACACUUGAAUUCUGUGCUAGGAUAYGUCAUUAAUGUUAUAUCAUGUUUUUGGAAAAUAAAGUUAAGCAACAAAGGCAGACAGAGCAAUGCAGGACAUUGUGUGUUGCAUACAAUCAACGUCUUUAAAUUAAUUGGAACAUUAAGUAAUUUAAAACCAAAGCAUACUUAGAGGA